GCAAGCUCAGGCAUUUUGAGACGAGUGACUGCGGGACGCAGCUUGCUGUGAUUCUUGAUUCUCAAUCUUCAACCUCUGAUGGCGCCUGAACAGUCGACGACUCUCCUGAUAUAACUAUUUUAGGCACCGAGUGUCAGAUGGCAGGCGACGAGGCGCACCAGGUAACGUGAUAGGAGCGUCACGGGCUUUGAUGCCUCAGGACGUCAGCCACAAGUAACCUCGGCCCAUCCCCACAGUACCAAGGCGAGAUGAGAUAGAUAAACUCCGGGAAUAUCUCUCGACCCCGUCAAAACCCAUUCUAUACCCGCCAUAAAACCCUCAACGGCCGCAUCACCUCCAACCAUUGACAAAACUCUUCCUGACUCCGACUCCCUAUCCCACACACCCCGCGAACCCGCCAUCAUGGUCGCCGACAGCCUCGUCUACCACCCCUCCGUGGCCCAUUACCUCAAGUUCGUAGCGACGACUGUCGGCCGCGACAAGCUCCUGCGCACUCUCCAAUACUUCUCCCGCUUCUAUGCCUGGUACCUAUUCCGCACGAAUGGAUCUCCUGGCGAGAUCGCACCUUGGGAAGCCAUCAAGAAGCAAUUCGGGCUGAUCCGCAAAGCCAUGAGACUCGGCAAGAACGUGGAGCACAUCAAGGCCGCAGCCGUGGCCCUGGAUUCCAAGAACCCAGACCCCGUGCUCAAGUACUGCGCCGUAGGCCGACAGCUGGGCUACGCUGGAUACCUGACUUUCGACGCCCUGACCUUCCUCGACGCGGCAGGGAUCCGGAAGAGCCCGCGCACGAAGCGCCUGCAGCAGGAAGCCUACCGCUUCUGGAUGUUCGGCCUCCUGUUCAGCGCCAUCUCCGGCGUAUACUCGCUCUACAGCCUGAGACGGCAGGCCGCAAAGAUCGAUAAGAAGGACGGUGAGGGAGCCGUCGCUACGAAGAAGAUCGAGAAGGAGCGCGCGGCUGCCAACCUCCAAUUAGUCUCUGAUCUCUGCGAUCUCACUGUCCCGACCUCAGCGCUGGGCUUCGCAAAAUUCGAUGACGGGCUCGUCGGGCUGGCGGGGACGGUCAGCAGUUUGAUCGGGGUAUACGGCCAGUGGAAGAAGACCGCUUAAAAAGCUCUAGUCAAGACAAAACACAGGAGAUGUCGAGUGGUAACGUGGGAUGGGACGAUAAGGCGG